AUGGUUAAGCAAACUAUUCAAAUCUUUGCACGUGUGAAACCGACAAAGAAACGAUACUCGGUUACUAACGGGGCGAAUGGCCUCCGGGUUCAGAUCGCUGCCAUUUGCGGGCUUGUGAAACUGAGCCGGAGCCGAAAGCGCGGCGCGCGCACUCUCGGUUCUGGGCAAUGGCUGCUCGCUGAAAGCCGAGACCGUCUGAUUUAUGUGAGAGAACCCACCUCGGGGUACUUUGUGGACUGUGAGGAGCAAGGCAGUAGUUUGGAGUUUGUUGUUCCCAGAGACUUGGCGGAUGGUUUUAUCAACAAUAAGAGGGAAAACUACAAUUUCAGGUUUCAGAAGGUUUUUGACCAAACAGCUAAUCAAGAGGAAAUCUUUGAGACCAUUGCAAAGCCUGUUGCUGAUAACUGUCAGAUCAACAAACCGCCAAUAAACUGCAGUGGCCGGCCCGCUGAACUGCCCAACAGAUGA